GCAUAUUUGGACACCGCUAGAGGACGCAACAGUCACGUGACAUAUACUCCAUUUCAGUUACGAUUUCGAUAGCGGAGUGUCUUUCUGUCGCAGCAAAAUUUCUCGAAAAUGGAAAGUUAUCUACUAAUUUUGGGACUUAUAUCCAGUCUUGUUAUAGGCUCAUUAGGAAAAACAGGAGUAACAGUCAGUCGGGACAUAACAGUAAAGCCGACUCCAGACACACUAAAGGAUCCAGCUGAUAGGGUAGAUGUCACACUGGACUGUACAGGUAGCAGGUCUGAUCUCAGUUACUACAUUAAAAACAGGAUAGCUUGGAGCUUUACUGAUCAAAAUGGCAUCACCACUCGGCUUACAGAAAGUUUUUACUCGACUCCUGAACUUCAAGCGUUGUUUGAGCACCAGUCACCAAAGCAGAAAUACGCCUUAACAUAUGGGAUAAAUAAUGAACAAGAUGGCUAUAUAUUCAGUUUGACAAUACUCAGAGUGACACGAGCUGAUGAUGGUGUAUACCGUUGUUCCCUUAUUGGUGAGGAAGAUAAUGAUAUGAAGGAAGUUCGGCUCACUGUAGUCAACCCUGUUGAGUCAGUAUCUCUUGAAAUUCAUGAUGCUCAACACAAUGUUAUUGCAACAUCCAAGAAGGCAGUUACCCAGAGUGCUACACCAGUCAAGCUGACUCCCGGACAGUAUAUGGUGAAAUGUGAUGCAUCAGGCAGCAACCCAGAACCAGUAAUGAACCUCGUACUCAAUGACCAGAAGCCGUAUGUUUCUACAACCACGAUGAAAGCCAAGAACACUGAGUUCACUUCUUAUAGCGGAUCUUUCACAGUUGAUAGUCUUACGAUUAAUGCCCACAAUGCAUUACAAUCUCUGACGUGUAUGGCAAAUAUUCCUGGUGAUUAUUAUCCAUCUGCAGAAGCAGGACUUGCCUUGAUAGUUAGCAUUGACAAACCCACUAUUACAUGCAAGAAUGCCACAGCUGCUCUUGGAGACAAAAAUAGGGUGAUCGAAUGCAAAGUGACUGCUGGAGAAAAUAGUGAUGCUCUCAGGUGUGAGAACCUCAUGUGGGAGUUGAGUGUUAAAGGACAACGAAUUAUGAACGACCAGAGAUGGAAGGACCCAACUAAAGAAUAUGACAUCAUUGAAUCUAAGUGUAUGAAAACAAGUGAAGGAAUAGAUUUCAAUUUGGAAUUGUUCACAAUAACAGAGAAGUUGUUUAAAGAGACUUACUUUGUGGUGUAUGGAAAGGGAGAGAACAUUCACAAACAUCCAGUAACAUUGUAUGAUGUAACAGUAGCUGCUGCUGGAAUUGCGAGUCCAUUGUCACUGCUCGCCUGCCUUGUCAUGGCUUUCGUAUCCAAACAUCUGGCACGCUUGUAACACUAUUGACCUUAGUCUUUUAAAAUCACCAUCUUUAGUCUAUGUUGUUACAUCAUCCAGGUCAGCAGGUUAAAUUUGGCACAUACUGUUGGACAAUUUGGCAAGUGAAUAUGUGUUUGAGUAACAGAAUAUGUGUUACAUAAAAAGGACAAUGAUAUGUAUUUUUGAUAACCAGAAAAUGUUGAAAGAUAUGUUGCCAUGAACAGCAAGCAUAAUGAUAUAAAUAUAUUUACCUCACCAUUAGAUGGAACUCAUUCAUUCAAAAUACAGAACAUGAAUUUUUUUUACUGAACAGUGCAAGUUCAAGGUAUUUGCAAAUAAACAUUAGAAAGAAACAAUUUAAAUCUUCUUAGUGUUGAGAUUGAACUAUAAACUAGUUCUUUUUCUGUUGUUUUUUUUUUUUGUAGAAACUGAAAUGUGUGCGAGAUGAAAAGAUCAAAUUGUAAAAAUAUUUCCUAAUUGUAGAUACUUCUAGUAAAGCAUUAGUUUAGACUGACAUCUCAAAAAUCUGCAAUAUGCAAGAAAUCUCUUUUGAUUGAUCAUAGAGAAAGUCAUGAAGAGUAUGUAGUUCAUUAGAGAAAGUUUGAUGUAAAUUGGCGUUCAGGGAAACUGAAAGCUAAUAUUGAUUCAGAUGUGCAAAUCUUUAGGGCAGCUACUGCAGUGUACUUUGGCAACCUUGUUAGAUAAUGGUUGUGUGUUCAUGCUUAGAGUAGAAAUAAGGUGUGUUCAUGGACCAUGCUUUGUUUAAAAAAUGUUGAAUAUGGUGUGAAAUUUAACACAUUCAAGUUAUCAGGGAUGUCACUCAAGACUAAUGCUUUACUAGCCAAAUAAUGUACAGUUUAAAUUUAGAUUUUUAUUGUUUUUAAUUAAUUGAUUUAGACCAUCAUUCCAAGACACCUAGUGCUAUUGUUAAUGCAAUCAGAUAAUUUUCAUAAUUUAUUGUGAGAAAUUAAUCUGUUUCAUUGUAGGUCUCUUUUUAUUAUAUAAAUAGAUAUUUCUAGUUAACCCUGUUUAAGGAGCAAAGACGUGAAAAGAAUGAAAUUCAUAUAACCUGAGACAGAGUUUUAGAAUAUUAAAAGUGGUGUUAAUUUUCAUAUUGUCUGAUAAGUCAUUGUCAGGUGACAUAACCUUGUGUACAUUUCUUUGAAUAUAGAUGUAAAAAAACAUAUAUAGCUUUCUGCACCUAAUUUAAAAGCUGUUUUUUGUCUGAGAAAUAUUAACUACAUUUAAAACUUUGCUUUUUAAGUAUCCCAUGAUUUUUCUGUUGUUUGAGAACACACCUAUCCAAAUCUGUUGUAACUUGUGUUCAAGUAAACUGUGUAUAUGUGAAUGUUGAAAAUUUAAUUAGGUAAUUCAAAUUGUCGUACAUGUAAAAUCAUUCUGUAUGUCUAUUUUGUUCUUGUGUACCGUAUAGGUUCCGUACAAGCGAAAGCAUUCUUUUAUGUGUAAUUCAUUCUCGUGUACCAUAUUAAUACUAAUUAAGCGAGAUUAUAUCUAUUUUACACAGCAGCAAAUGCCAUUCAGUACACAGAGCUUGCCUUCCUUUUUGGGUUUUGCUUACAUAAUGAAUUUUCAACCGGUUUUAAUUUUCAGCUAUAAGUUGCAAGACAUUAGCUUAAAGUGAUAAAAAAAACUCCAGAAAUUUAACACUGGUACAGUUUACUUGAUACUAAAGAAAAAACAUUUUAUCAAAUCAAUUUUAUUUUUAAAAUAUAAAGAUGACGGUUACAAAAAGCACUUUACGAAAGCUCUGUGUAUUUAGCAACACCCAUGUUUCAGGUCUAAAUAUUUACAUAAUUAUGUAUCCAUAUUAUAUAUAUAGAGAUCAACAUGUAUUAUCAUCGUUUGAUUGUAUAAAAGUAUGAUUUCAUUUUACAUUUAUUUUCCCAAUUUUCUUAGGUUCAUUUUCAUUCACAUUUCAUAUUAUGCGAUAGGAAUCGCCAUUCUUUCAUGAAACAUAAUUCCAAGUUAUACACUUUUAUUUUACAUCAGUUGUAUAGAUUUUUAACAUAUACUGUUAUCAGUUUUGUACAAUACUGUAUACUUGUUUUACGUUAGCGGUGUGUGAACUGUAAGUUUGUUUGUUUGAUAAAUGUUGAUAUCAGAAAUUACACCAGAAAUCCACGCAUAGAAAUACUCAGAUAAGCAAAUUGUUUUUUUCAAGAAAAGCCUUCAUGCGAGUGGUGGAUGGUUAAAGAAAAAUUAGUAAGACAUUUUUUACUGUAUCUAUUUUAAAUUAAAAUGAAAAAGAUGCGCUAAUAAUCGGAAAAUAUUCCAGGCUUAAAUUCGAAUUAACUUUACUGCCAUUUUCUCACAGAAAUCUGUUCAGACAUUCUUAUCUUUAAAUGGAUUCAAAGUGAGUUUUCUAUGAUAUUUUUGGCAGAAGUACACAGAAAUUAGUUUGGUUUAUAUUUCAACCUAAGCCAGUGUUGAUGGUAUAAAUGGAACUGAAAAGACUUGUGUGCGAGAAUGUGUUGGAUUGUACAUUGAAAGCUUUUCACCUGCUUUAAGUGUAUCCAGUUAAGUGUUUGUGUGAUUUACGCAUUAACAGUGUAUUGCAUAUUGUACAGUUUAUUAAAAAAAUUUAUUCAUGUGUAUUUGGUGUGUAAACAAAUAUUGUAUUCUUCCCAUGGAUAAAUCAUGUGUAUUGUGCAAGUUAACGAGAUGUCAUUAAUAGAAGACAGUCAAUAUGAACUUUCUAUGAAAGUCAUUGAUCCAAAACAUAAUUUAAUCAUGACUAUUUUAGCUAGAAGAUAGAAAAAAUCUAAACUGCAAACCUAGAAUAACAUGAAAUUUCGGCAUAACAGAGGUUGAUUCUUUGUAUCAUAACAAUGUGCACACUAAAACAAGAUAUGUGUAAAAGUUAAUUUCUGCCAGACAUAAAUAUGCAUGUUUUUAAACAAUAAAAAAUGGUUUUUCAAUUAUUUUUAUGAACUUGUACUACUAAAUUCAGUUAAAAUUUCAACAUUCUGAAAUUUUUGAUUCCCAAAACACUUACUGAAAUAUUCAUUAAAGUCGUACAAAUUUGUGUGCUCGUACAGUUUCGGAGUUUCAACCUCUCUCUAAUCCUCAAGCUUUAAAGAAUAAUCAUGAAUAAUACAUUGAAGGGAAUAACCGCAAGCAACUGAGAUGUACAAUCAGUGCCUUUCUAUCGAAGCUUACCCUCGCUUUUUGCUUCCCCUUUCCCCUUUUUUUCUGUAUAGAUGGAAGUACAAAGCUUGAAAUUUGGAGAUGGACUGUACAGUUAACGAAAUAUAUAGUAAUUGUCUUGAACUGAUACUGAAUUUCCUAUAGGUUAGGUCUAUAGAGGAUCUAAACUGAUUGAUAGGCAAAUACUUGGUAAGUGUAAUGUUACUUCUAGGUUUUUAAAUUAUUAUUCCAAUCAUUGAGACAUUUAAAAAUAAAGUGGUUUGAUUAUUUUAACAACCAUGGUUUUAUGAGAUAUUUUGAUAAAUUAUAUUUGAGCCAGUACAUUUGUACCAAGAUGUGCAACUAAAAAUAUCCAUUGUUUGGAACUGGCUUAUGAACAUUGAAGUGAGCUGGAUCAUUGUGUGUUAUUCUAAAUGAGAAAAUGUUGCAACAAAAAUGAAAGUCUGAAGAAAGAAGUGUUAAAAGGAUGUAGACAAUAUAUCUGAAUCUAUGAAAUGACUUUAUACAUGUCUGUUUAGUAACAUGGCACUGAUGAAAUUCUACUGCGCCAUUGAAACAAAAAAAGCAGCUAUAUGUUUUUUUUUUCCAAACAAAACAGUUCUGCCAGAAAAUGGCUUGAGAUUUGCAUUUUACUUCAUAAAAAGAUUCAGGAAGUAAAUUUAAAUUGCAUUCAUUGUAGAUAAUGGUGUAAAGGCUGUACAGUUCUAACAGUUGCUCAAAAUCUCCAAACUUUAAUUUCUUUGUGUGUUAAUAAGUUUCAUUGUAUUUCCAUGUUUAGAUUUAUGAAUUUCUAAUAAAAUUAGAUCUGA